UUUGAACUACAAACUAUGAGCCAAAAGUGGAUUGCCACGGUCCAAAACCUGCUUGGUGACAACAAGACUAAGCGAAUUAAUAAGCCUGGAGCUCGUCCUUUGAAUCGAGCCAAAAAAGGCCGAAGAAAGAGCGAGGACAUGAUUCCAGGAAGAUCCGACCAAGGCUCACGGUCGUCUUCGUUUGUGUGGUGGAAAUUCAGUUUAGACUUGCCUUUACGAAAUGGAACGCAAAGUGUUUUGAAUCCGGUUAUCUCACGUAAACCUUUAGGCGAAAAAAUCACGAAAAAAGGCGAAGCAAAACCAAGCUUAUCUUCAAGCAAUCAAAUUACAGUGGUAAAGGCUGUCACGACCGAAAAUCCUAGCACCAAAGAAGUGCUAACAUCAAAGCAUUGGAGCUCGAGUGGCGCUCCCAUGCAGAGUUCCAAAGCCACUUUGGAACAAGGGGAAAGGGACGGAACCGAGAGGGCGAAAACAAAACUGGCCGGAGAGAGCGCCGAGAAACUGCGAGCCCGAAAGGCCAGCCUUGAGCCACAAAUUCAGAGAAGAGCUACCCAACAUUUCGAAUGCCAGUUGUCUAUGAAUGGGAUAAGUGAGUGGCCUUUACCUGUGAAGCCGCUGUCUGAAAAUGACGUUCCCCAGAAAGAAUCAGGCAAAUCGAAUUUCUGGCUCAGUCUCAUUGCUCGACGACGGCCUUCGAAAUUGGGUGGAGAAAAAGAUCAAGGUGAAAGGCACCCGUCAAUGUCUGCCGCUGGCACCCACAAGUUCUACUCGUUGCCGCUUUUGGUUCGACGGUUAUCGUUCUGGAAGAAAGGUCCAUUGAACGAUGAGAACAGUGGUCGUCUUCAUCAUCCUCAUCAUCGAUCAACACCCUCUAAUCAGGCGAAAACAAUGGAGGAAAAAACGCACAUGGAACCAGAUGGACGUGUUGUUCCAGAAAUCUUGGCCGAAAGUUUUGAUAGUGGAAACUACACCAUUAGUGAUAUAAACUCAGAUGGGCAAGUUCCCAGCCCCACCUCCAGUGCCCAUUCGACGCUCAACAACGAGAGGCCGAGUUGGAUUACCAAUAUAAAAAGAGCUCUAUCUCCUGAUCACCAUCCAAAGGCCAGCAAGGCCAACGGAAUCGAUGAGAUUGCACCAAAGUCGCUUUCGGCGAUCUCAUUGCGCUUACCCGAAGAAGUUGUCCAAGAGCGGAAGAUCCAACCCAAAGUGAAAAGCCAAAAACUAACGGGAUUGGAAAGGCAAUUACGAUUCCACACAUUUGGUCGAGUCAAAGGCUUCGUCUUGAACAAGGGCGUGCCCAAGGUCGAAAUCAAUCACCCUAUUUUGGGCCAUGAUAUCGCUUCUUCGUCGUGUUUCCAGGUGGCUUGGCGGGUUCGAGUGUGGAUCGAAAGUGAAUUCAGUGAUUCCAUGUUCCAAAUGAUCCACGUGUGUCAACCCACUUGUAGCUAUCAAAGAGACGCUUGUUCCACUAUUAGUGAACAAUCUCAAAACAUUCAAGGGAUUCUUUGGUAUAGAUUUUUAGGCAGGCAAGUUGAACUGGACCUUGACCGACGGAAAGCGGCCUUAACGUGCAACCCACAGGGUGACCCCAAGACCCAAGCUCUGGAAGAGAAACGCCGCCAAUUGAGUCUAAGAAUUUGUGCCCGUUGCGGGCAAGGUUUCUCUUUGUUGUUCAACCGCAGAUUAGAAUGUCACACGUGCGGUCUGGGCGUUUGUCGGAAAUGCUCAAAAUGGAGACAAGACGAAGAAGCGUGGGAGUGCGAAGCGUGCGAAGGCCAAAGAGAUUUCAAAGAACAAUCUUGUCCAUGGUUUUAUGGCCACCUCGAGAAGAAAUUGAACCGUUUCGAAUCCGCCAAAGUCAUCAAGUCCGUGGGAUAUCAGAAUCGCAAAAUGGACUCUUCGACCAGUACAGUGCGGGAUCACAUUGAAAAAGUGGUGGAGAGUCUUAUUGGCGACGACCUCGACAGUGUCAACAUCAUUCAUCUCAGUGAGCACCCUUCAUAUAAACGCCUAUUUGAGGAUUACCAUUCGUCGUUGAGUGAUUCCUUAUCAUUGCUAACUCAAGCCAUUCAAAUGGUGAUUGAAAAGCUUCCAACCUCACCCGAAGACCCCACGCCCACCACAGCCCAUAUAAAAUUAAAGUUUUGGAUCGAGCGCCUCAUUAUGGACGUGGAUGAAAACGAGCUGAUUUGGGAAAAUGAAUCCGACUUCUUGAUUCGUGAUCUACCCAAUGACAAAGAGAUGUACUACUCUCAAUCCUAUGAAGACUUGCUUUCCACGGCCAUCAUCAACAAGGUGGUUCUAAACUCAAAGAAGAGACCCGGAUCAAAUCGUCCAGAUCAAGAUUCAAAUGGUGUCCUCGGUCCAGAGGGUAAUAAUAACAAUGAUAACGAUUCCAUGGAGCCUGGAGCACAAUCAUCAUUGACCUCAAGCCAAUCGGACCCAUCCGCUCAAAUUCGCCAUCGGCAUACUGGACCAGAGACCACGGAUUCGUCCACGGUCACAUCCUCGACAACAUCCUCGGCCUCGGGAAAUCAUUCUGAGGGCUGUUCAGAAAGGAGUCAAUCCGCGGCCUCGUCAUUAUCGAGCCCCUCAGACGAGGAGAUUCCAUCAGCAUCAAGUUCCAUCACUUCUGAGGCCUUUUCACCCAUGGAGGAAAGUCGCGAGAAUUCUUUAUCUCCUAUGUUGGGGAAUGCACCGCAAUUUCUAAUUGAGGAAGAAAUCGAGGAAACAACAGCCUAUCAAAGUGAGGAUGACACUACUUCUAAAGUGGUUAAAACCACCAUUGCCCAAACCUCGACCAUCUCCAAAUAUCCUUCCAUGCAUAGCAUCGAUUGUGUUCUAGCCGAUAUCGUGGAAUUUGAGAGAGACGUUCCCGUAUGUUUUCCUGAGUAUGGACUUGAUUUGGUGGAACGGAAAGAGUUCAAUGAGGUGGAUAAAGAGGAGAUCCCGGAAAACCUGUCCAUUCUUGCCUUGUCCGCCUUAACUUGGGAGGACAAUUGGUUAUUUUGUCAGAAGCGCUUGAAGGUCCGCAACUCCUUUCGAGUGAACAGAAGUGCCUUGUUCUAUAAUGAGCCCGUGGCCAUGCUCGUCCCCAAUCCCAAUGAUGAUCAAAUCGUCCGGGCCAUGAUCGGGAAUCGAGAAAUCGACGAGGUUUCUGAACUCUCGGAGAGGCAAUCCGUGGCUUCCCUCGAGUAUUCGGAUUCUUCGUGUUCGGACCAGGACGAAAGGGAGCAACAACUUGAGGAGCAACAGGAGCAUGAGGAGGAGGAGGAGGAGGUUUUAACUUCAGAAUAUCCUAGUUGGGACGGACAAAAAGAUCUCGAACACACUGAGUAUGCCGUGUUCCCUAAUCAGAGGCAACCUAAGCCUAAUCCGGAGGAGUUCCUAUACAAUCGACCGGCUCCCACGGGAGAUGUGGGAUUCUUGGAAGUACCUCGAAAUGUGAAAGUCGUGUCGGGAAGAGCUGCCAGACUCAAGGCUGUGGUUAGCGGCACGAAACCCAUGGAUGUGCUUUGGUUUCGAGGAUGCAAAUUGAUCGAAAGCUCACCUAAUGUGGAAAUUCGCCGCACUAGUGGAGAUUGCCAUGAGAUGAUUCUCUAUCAUACAGAUGCUCUAACCGAAGGUCACUACAGUUGUGCUGUAGUGAAUCAGUCUGGAGAGCAAUGGCACGAUUUCAACCUCUCUGUCCAACCAUCCCAUGAGGAGAUGGCAAAACCGCAGAUUUUGGAACAUCCUGAUGAUAUGGUGAUAGAAGAAGGUCAUUCCGUCCGAUUCGGAUGCGUCGUGACGGGUUAUCCCGAACCUCGGGUUACGUUUCUUCGAGAUGGCAAAGUUUUGCGGGCCAAUGAAAAUGUUUGCAUCGAGCUGCUUCCCAAUGGAACACAUCGCCUGGAAAUCAAACGAUGUCAAGCGAGACAUUGCGCACAAUUUGCAGUUCGAGCCGAGAAUAAAUUGGGCGUAACCGAGAAGACGUGGAACAUUGAAGUGGUGCUAGAUGAUGAUGCUGACUAUGGACGAGAGAGCAUGUGGAGGGGUAUGGAGUCACAGGAUUUGGAUACACACGAGAACGUGACACCCAAUCAAAGUCAGAACACUUUGAAUGACAUCUCGAGUUGUGCCACUUCGGAGGUUGACGACAUGCAUUCCGCAGCCUCAACUCUGGCUCUUUCAGCCUCGUCUCCUAACAACAAUAUUCACCACCAAUAUCUGACCUGUUUGGCCGAGGCCAAGAACACCAAUCUCGUCAACGAGGCCAAGAACGAGCUUCUAGCCCAAGAUUUGGGGUACGGCGAAAGCGACCUCGAAACAGCCACUACAUCGGCUAGUGAACUGGAAUUUAUUGACCUCGAUCGACCUCCAGCUCGACCAGGCACAAUUGCGGAUCGCGAACACCGGAAAUGGACGGAAAAUGCCAUCUCCCUCCUGAAUAACCCCUACAGUAAGGAGAAUAUUGAGCGGAGACUCACCAGAGGAAGUCGAGAUUCACUCCACCUUUCGUCGCCAACGGAUUUUGUCAGAUCCGUAAAUUCGUCCCAUAACGACCUAAUGAUGACCUUGAACGCUCCGCGUAAGAUUGACUGCGGCUUGAGGUCCAUCAACUCCGCCCGAUAUCGAAGAGACUAUUAUAUCAAUGGCGACAUGGAUGAGAUCCCCAGGUUCAAGAAACUUUCGUCGAGCUCGGACACGAAGGAAUUGCCAAGCCCGCCUCCUUUCCGAACCGUGACUUCGACAUCACAUCCAAAGGACACUAAACAGGAGGUAAAACGGAAGGGUCAUUCCGAUCCAGGACCCAUCGAGAAACAUGUUGAGCCUCCUCCAUCAAUCAAAAGUCUGGAGGAUUCGUCACCAUCCGACAAGGACGGGAAUAGAUCAAAAGUGGAGGAGGAGAUAGCUCGAUUUCAGAAGCAAAUCGAGAUCAAUCGCUCAGAGCGAACUCGAGUCAAAACUUGGGAGCUCCGGAAAUCCAACUCGCAUCGUCUGGGCAGUAUGGACAGCCUGUUAUCCAUGGAUUCGGAUUAUAGUAGCGGUCGAAGUGCGCCUCCAUUGCCUCCCAAGGGCAAAUAUGUGUCCAAUGACUCCUUGGUCCCUCCCCACCUUCCGCCCAAGACCAAGAUCCAUCACAAUCAUCAUCAAGGACUGAAGAAGAAGCAGGUUAGCAUUUCUACUUCCGAGGUGUUCAUCCACUCUGAUUCUUGCGAGAGAAGUGAUUCGGAUGAUCUGACCUCAUCGACGGUGUCUUCGGUGAAAUCUAUGACUACACCGGAUCGUGAAUUCCUCCACGAUUCCGAAUCACUUGGAGGAUCGAACGAUAGUUUGGCCACUUUGCCUUCGGUAAAAGAGCUGGCCACCAAGUUCCAACCCAAACCAACCCCAUCCAAAGUGGAACAACAGCCCAGAACGGGAGAUAUUUCCAAAAAGAAUAAACCGAGGGCGUUGAUGAAACUAAGUUCUCAAACAUCGAAGCAAGAGAACGGAUCGACUUCUUGCUCUCCUAUCGACUCAAUUGACCAAGCACGACACCCGAAACUCGACAAUCCUUGGCCGAAUUCCUCAACUAACCGCACUUCCACACCUAGCCCCAACAAAGAUUUCGAAUCUCUUUCCGAGUUCUCCUCCGAUGAAAGUCAGGAAGAUCCAGAUGAUCCGUCCACAUUGGAUAUCAGUUCGUCGUUGAGUGAUAGCGCUGAAUCAUUGCACUCGCCCGACUCGUUAGAACUAAGUAGCCAGGACGACCUCGAAUCUUUGAACCAGGAAGAGGCCGAGGUCGAGGAAUUGACCAUUCACGGUCAAGUUGUUCUGGAGGAAUAUCUUGACUUCGAGCCCCAAAUCAUCGGAGCUGACGAGGAAGAAGACGACGAGGACGACGACGAGGACGACGAGGACGACGAUCUUUUUGAAGAUAUUGACUUGAAUUCACCGGGGGAGCCACCCGUAAAUGAGGAUGGGAUCGUUGACGACUGGCCUUAUUCCUCAGACGACGAGGACACUUUCCGUCUGAGUAUGGAUGGAUUCUCACAAGGCCGAUUCACUGGGAGCUCCUUGGCAUCCAUACCUGAAGAACCGACUGAACCAUUAACCCCUGAAGAACACCAUUUCAUCCCAUUGGACAGGUGCCAACCGAACCCGAACCAUUUCGUGUGGAGCGACCUCGAGAUCUCAUCCAAACGACGUCCCUCAGAAUUGUGGAAACGGCAUAGUUUGGACCGGGAAACCGAUCCAGAUCAGAAAGGCCCCACCCACCUCCAUCAGAAAUAUGCCUCCGAAUCAAACAUCGAGGACGCUUUGGUCAUGAUGGAACCAGGAUUGAGAAAGAUCUCCAAAGAGACCCAUUUCACAUCGGAUGAAUCCAGCCCUUCGGGAUCGGGACAUGAUUACGAAGAGCAAUUCAAUCAUAUCUACUCGACCAUUGACGAGGACCCUUUGGACGAGAAUAUCUAUGAGGAAUGCUUCGGUCAGAACUCCAUGGAAGAAUCCGGGUUCUACUCCAAUAUCGGAGUGUCAGGUCCGGAAUCGUGCUCCAAUCAGAGUGGUCACGUGACAUUGAUCCAAAUCGAUCCUUACGGACCUAAUCCUUGUCAGAAAGCGUCCUCAGUGACGGUCAAUGGUCGACAGAUCUAUUGCAACGCCAACAACUACCCGGAUGCUCAGGAACGUUCCAGACAGAAUUCUGGCCCACUGAUCCAACUGAGCCAACGGGUGCAGACUGUGAUACCCAUUAGGAAACCACAGCAUGGACAACAACCACAUAAUUUGACUGCUGACCCUACUAACCAUAAUACGACUACGAUUCACUCACUCACGGCACGAAGUGUGCCGCAGAAAUUUCGAGAAGGAUUAAAGAAAGGCAUGCCUUUCAUGCCGGAUCGAAACAUCAAGGCGUCCGUGGAAUCACGGGCUCCGGUCCUCAACACAGACGAGGGUACGGUUACCACCAACACCACUACUACUACUACUACUACUCCUACUAGUCAAGCCACACUCCUUCCUGUUCACACUAAGCAGACCACGGCUCGAAAUCCCGCGCACUCCACCCAACUCAAUAUCGUUUAUGACUCUGAGAACAAGAAUUUGGUGCCUUAUCCCGACGGUGAUUUCAUUCGUAGCCCAAGUCCGGAGCAUUCCGGUAUACCCGCAGUACCCGUGACCAUGCCCAUGCGGUCUAAGGACGAGGAAUACACUUCAGACGAAAGUUAUGGCUCGCUUCCACCUAGUAGAAAGCACCCUCCUAUGCGAAAGAAGUCCAAGAAUGGCAUCAGUAACAACAAUAAGUAACAGUAGUUGCCACUCUCCUUUACACACGAGUCAUGAAUCUAAGUCAUAAAAUAACCAAUAAAUCGCAACAACGUUGAA